AUGGCUUCCUCAUCGCGAGCUCUUGGGCUGAGCAAGCUCGCGACCCGCCAGUCCGGCAUCGCCCCUCGCCUGCUGCAGCACCAGCAGCAAUCAACAGCCCUCAACGGCAGAAUACGUCCUGUCGUCCUCCGCUCCCAACAACGCCAGUACUCUGAUGCGCCUCCUCCCCCACCCAAGAAGAAGCCCGGGAAGCUGAGGAGGACGCUCAGGUGGACAUGGCGCCUCGUGUACCUGUCCGUCCUGGGCACCUUCGCCUAUGUCGGCUACGAGGUCUGGGAGCACAGAAACCCAGAUGCCCAGGUCAACCCAGACCCCUCCAAGAAGACACUCGUGGUCCUUGGUACCGGCUGGGGUUCCGUUGCCCUCCUCAAGAAGCUCGAUACCGAGAACUACAACGUCGUCGUCAUCUCGCCGCGCAAUUACUUCCUCUUCACGCCCCUCCUCCCCUCGUGCACUACCGGCACCAUCGAGCACCGCUCCAUCAUGGAGCCCGUCCGCACGAUUCUCCAGCAGAAGAAGGCCGCUGUCAAGUACUACGAAGCCGAGGCCACCUCGAUCGACUCCGAGCGCAAGGUGGUGCGCAUCAAGGACGAGUCCGAGAUCAAGGGCAGUGUGUCCGAGACCGAGGUCCCCUAUGACAUGCUGGUGAUUGGUGUGGGCGCCGAGAAUGCCACUUUUGGCAUCCCGGGCGUCCGUGAGAACGGCUGCUUCCUCAAGGAGAUUGGUGAUGCCCAGCGCAUCCGCAAGAAGAUCAUGGACUGCGUCGAGACGGCCGCUUUCAAGGAUCAGGAUCCAGAGGAAAUCAACAGGCUGCUGCACAUGGUCGUCGUCGGCGGCGGCCCGACGGGUGUCGAGUUCGCCGGUGAGCUGCAGGACUUCUUCGAGCAGGACAUCAAGCGGCUGAUCCCGGACAUCAGCGACCGCUUCAAGGUGACCCUGGUCGAGGCCCUGCCCAACGUGCUGCCCUCCUUCUCCAAGCAGCUGAUCGACUACACCGAGAGCACCUUCAAGGAGGAGAAGAUUGACAUCCUGACCAAGACUAUGGUCAAGAAGGUCUCGGAAAAGGCCAUCGAGGCCGAGGCGGUCAAGCCCGACGGUAGCAAGGAGCGCGUCACCCUCCCCUACGGCCUCCUCGUCUGGGCUACCGGCAACGCGGUCCGCCCCAUCGUGAAGGACCUGAUGGGACACAUUCCCGCACAAAAGGACUCGCGCCGCGGUCUCGCCGUCAACGAGUACCUGGUCGUGCAGGGCACCCGCGACAUCUGGGCCGUGGGCGAUUGCGCCGUGGCCGGCUAUGCGCCCACCGCACAGGUGGCCUCCCAGGAGGGCAACUUCCUGGCCAAGCUGUUCAACAACAUGGCCAAGACGGAGGCUCUCGAGCAGAACAUCCGCGAGCUGUCCAGCACCCUCAACCUGAAGCCCGGCAACGCCGCCGAGGUGGCCCGCCAGAUCGAGGACUACGAGCGCCAGCUGCGCCGCGUCAAGGAUAUCAAGCCGUUCCACUACUCGCACCAGGGCAGCCUGGCGUACAUUGGCAGCGAGAAGGCCGUCGCCGAUGUUGCAUGGUUCAAUGGCAACGUCGCCUCGGGUGGUACCUGGACCUACCUGUUCUGGAGGAGCGCCUACCUCUCCAUGUGCUUCAGCACUCGAAACCGCCUCUUGGUGAUGAAUGACUGGGCCAAGUCCAAGCUCUUUGGACGUGAUGUGUCCCGGGAGUAG